GGGGAGCUCAUUGCUGAAGGCAUUUCCACAAACACAUUACACAUGGAAACUGAACCGUUGCUUUCGAUCAGAACCGGCUCUCCGGCGUCGCAGCCGGUUCACCAGCGGAGGCCCUCCCUUACUUCCUCCACUCCGCGUUCCUCCGGACUGUGCCCUCUUCCUGAAGACGGCGAAGUCACCAUUCCCAUCUCGACCCCUACCACCGCCACCGCUUCCUCCCUCAAAGACCUCCUCAUCUUCGGCCACCUCGCCACCGCCUCCGACCAACAACCCGAUGGAUCUUCCUCCAACAAUCCCAACCCUAACCCUUCCUCUUCCGACCACUGGAAGAUCAACCUCCACCGAUCCCGCACUGCUCCGGCCAUGUCCGCCAUCAAUGACGUCGUCCCCUCCCAUCAUCCCCACAACCCCGAUCGGCCGUCCAUUAUAAAGCAGGCCUUCUUCCUCCUCCUCGCCUACCUCGCCUUUGGGGUCGCCGUCUACACCUUCAAUCACCACCAUUUCCAAGGCACGGAGACCCAUCCGGUGGUCGACGCCCUCUACUUCUGCAUCGUCACCAUGUGCACCAUCGGCUACGGCGACAUCACCCCCUCCACCGCCUUUGCUAAGAUCUUCUGCGUCUUGUUCGUCAUCAUCGGCUUCGGAUUCGUCGACAUCCUUCUCUCCGGGACGGUAUCUUACGUGCUGGACGUCCAGGAGUCCCUCAUCCUCUCCGCCUUGAACAAGAUCGAUGACAAGAAGUAUACGCAUCAAAAAAAUCAGGAUGAAAGCCAGAAUGGACGCAGCAUUGCCCAGAAUUACAUCAUCGACGUCAAGAAGGGGCGGAUGAGGAUACGGAUGAAAGUCGCUCUUGCCCUCUUCGUCGUCCUGCUCUGCAUCAGCCUCGGCACCGGCGUGCUCCGCUUUGUGGAGCGGCUUGGGUGGCUCGACUCCUUUUACCUCUCUGUGAUGUCUGUAACCACGGUCGGGUACGGGGACAAAGCAUUCAAGACGCUGCCCGGCAGACUGUUUGCCUCGCUGUGGCUUCUCGUCUCCACCCUUGCUGUGGCUCGAGCGUUUCUUUACUUGGCUGAGGCGAGAAUCCACAAGAGGCACCGGAGCAUAGCACAAUGGGUGCUUUCCAGGGACAUGACUGUCUCAGAAUUCCUUGCUGCUGAUAUGGACAACGACGGAUUUGUGACUAAAUCAGAGUUUGUUAUUUACAAGCUCAAGGAGAUGGAAAAGGUUUCAGAUAAUGACAUCAAGCUGAUCUGCAAUCAAUUCGACAAGAUAGAUGUAGGGAAUUGUGGAAAGAUCACUCUCAGAUCUCCUUGGGAGUCAUCACUGUCAUAAAUCUUUUUUACGAUCAUAAUGGUUAUCGAUGAUUGCCGUUCUCAACUGCAAUAAAAUGGACUUCCAAAAUGCACCUUUGGUCGCAUUCCUCCUCUUUGUUACUUAUACCUUCAUUCGGCCUGCAAGAGGAAUCAUAUCACCAUUGAAGCAUGAACAAGUUUCUCUCAAGCUCACCGGAUGAUAGACUCAUAUUGCUCCUUUUGUAUCCUUGUUCGGUGCAUACUAUCACAAUGACCAUCAUCUAUUCCUCAUCCUUGAGGUUAGAUGAUUAUUUAAAUUGUAG